GAAAAAGAGGCGCGGUGGGCGUCGUCCUCCGCCCUCGGGAGCUUCGGCUAGACGGCUGGCUGCGGAGGCCAUUCUCUAGCUCCAAGCUAGUCUGGUCCGGCCAUAUGGAGCGUCUGCUCCUUCUCGUCCGCCCGGUAUCAUGAGACGUCACUCGCUCGCCCUUGGGCGCAAGCGUAUCUGCGCAGUGAGCAGCCAGCCAGAUGCACGCCCAGAUUAACUGAGCCCAUAGCCAGCAUCUCACCUCCGCUCGCCGCCGCCCGAGCCAGUGUCUGGACGGGGGACGGCGGAUGCAGAUGCACGAUGGGGCUACCAUACGUCCGUAACUCUAGACAGGGUUGCUGGGCGAAGCAUGGUGCCUCUCGGAGCCUGACUCGAAGCUGGAACGCCGCCUGGCGCCAAAAUGCUGCAGUAGCGGCUCUGGGCUAAAUCUACGCCAGCUCAGGGCGUGUAGGUGGUGUGUGUUGGCGUCAUGACGCCACGGCUGAAAGCUUCACCCCUCACUCUCUCCAACGGGGAAAGCAUAUCUGCGGUUCCAGCCCAGCUGCCUCGGUAGCCUUGCACCUCGGGUAGCUGUGAGGUAGCUGUGAGGACACAAUGGGGACCUGCCGCAUCCUUCCAUGGCACGGCAGCUUGGUUCUUGAGAGCCACUAGCUCCGCCGGCGAGACGCUUGUCGAACCUGCCAAUAACCCCCUGGCAGUUGGCAGUUGGAAUCCAUUCGCCCAUGGCCAGGAACAGGGCAUCAAGCCUCCCCCGGGGCGCCCGGCUGUUUCCUGCCGCUGCUACCAGACGUGGACUCUUGUCACGCCUGUCAUUGCGCCUUGUUGGCCUGUCCAGGAUCGUUUCAUGUCUGGGUGGCGGUCCUGCCUGGUCUGUCAUAUGUGAGACCGAGGUACCUGCUGCCAACUGGGCCCGUGGCCGGGGCAGGGCUCACGUCAACGUUACACUCUGGAGACUGGUGUCAUCUCUGCCGCCGCCACGACCGCAGCAAACAGUGCGACUAGCGUGGCGUCUAGACACUCGCUGUCGAGUACACGGCAGCCCGAACCCCCAGGAUCCAUGUGGCAGGGCGUUCUUGGCACUCUGAUAUUUCGACAUCCCUUUCGGCCCUUUCGUGUUUUGGUCCGGGAUCGCAUGCGUAAAGCGGGCUAGAGCAGAAGCAAGCCCGGCAAGGAGGGGGUGUGGCCCGCCAAGGGCGAACGAAGCUCGACGGUGGCAGAGGCUAGCCCGAGACGAGCAAGAUGUUUUACAGAGGACCUUCACCUCACGCCAUGCGGCCGCCCGAUUUGUAAAAGACCGUCCAACUGCCGAGAUAGCUUAACGGCUGUCUAGGUAACCUCUUGAAACCGUGCAUGACUACCGGCCAUCGCCAGAGGAGGACGGGCGGCACCAAGACAAGCAGCUCUGCCCAGAGGGUCAUCUAGCUGUUUCCGUCAUGAUCUUGGUCCGGAUCAUCCGCCCAACCACCCACCUCCCUUCACUCCUGACAACGCAUCCUCCACGCCCCCCUCCUCCGCCUCGUUACUGUCCCUCUCUCCACUCACCCCCUUCUCGUCCCCGCCGCCGUCUCUGACCAU